ACUCCACACAGAGACCUCCCUGCUCUCAUCUCAUCCUCCUAUCCCACAGUGAACCAACGAGGAAAAUGCCGCGCCACCUGCUCCAGCAGUCCGUCGACCGCCUCGCCGCCUUGGCCGCGCCUCCGGCGGCCGCCAUGGCGCGCGGCGGGACGAGCGUGCACACGGACACGCUGCUCAUCCUGGCGGCGGUGCUCUGCUUCCUGCUCUGCGUGGUCGGGCUGGCCAUGGUGGCCCGGUGCUCCCGCCUGUGCAACCCCUCCGCCUUCUCCGUCGACGCGCCGGGGGCAGUCGCGGCGCCGUGCAAGGGGAUCAAGAAGAAGGCGCUGCAAGCGCUGCCCACGGUGUCCUGGCGGCCAGAGCAGAGGAACGAGGAGGAGGGGGAGCGGCCGGAGUGCGCCAUCUGCCUGGCGGAGUUCGCGGGCGGCGACGAGGUGCGCGUGCUCCCGACGUGCGGCCACGGCUUCCACGCCGCCUGCGUCGACGUCUGGCUCCUGUCCAACUCCACCUGCCCCUCCUGCCGCCGCGCCCUCGUCGCGGCCGCUCAAUCGCCGGCGGUCACCGAGUCUCCCCCUCCUCAAACGUGCUGUGAGCGCGCUGACGCCGUCGCGGCUGCACAGGCCUCGGUCGUAUGGUAGUAUGCAGUAUGCUCGCAACGUACAUGCAUAUACGACAUACGCACGUAUAUGGUCGCUCACGUACACACGUAGAAAAUGCAAAUUGUACAGCGUGCGACGAUGCAUCAGUUGGUUAGUGUCUGUAACAUGUUCGUCGAUGUGUAAAUACUUGUACAUCAACUCCAGUUAAUUUAAGGGGGUUUACGAUCUCUAACAAAUGCCGGUCAAAGGCU